UUAUGCUUCCUCUGUGACCGACCUGGUGUGUCUUUGCUGCUGUUCGUGCACGUGUCGGCUGCGUGGAACAUCGUGGACUUGCACGGACGUCGCAAUGGGGGCUUGCAGCGCAGUAGGCUGCUCUAACUCGCUGAAGAAAGGGUUCGCCCUUUACCGUUUUCCUCAAGGCGACAGGAAUCGAGCACGGCGCCGCGUUUGGGAAGUACGAACGAAGCGGGAUAAAUGGAAAGCCUGCGACAACUCCCGCCUUUGUGAGGUUCACUUCGAGUCUGAUCAGUUUGAGCCCCUUCGCAAAGGACCGAAGAAGCUCAAGUGCACAGCUGUUCCGACGCUGUUUCUGCAUUGCGCGGACAAGAAGAAGCGGAAACCUCCUAAGAUAAGAAAGGUCGAUUCAACACCAACGACCUUUCCUGCUGAUUCUGUGCUUGUGGCUGCCUCAAGUCAAGGGUGCCCAUCUCACCAGAUGGAUUCAAGCCUCCUGACCCCUCCUUCUGAUUCUGUGCUCGUGGCGGCCUCAUAUCAAAGAUGCCCAUCUGAACAGACCGAUUCAAGGCCAGCGACCUCCCCUGAUACUGUGCUCAUGGCUGCCUCAUGUCAAAGGUGCCCAUCUGAACAGACCGAUUCAAGGCCAGCGACCUCCCCUGAUACUGUGCUCAUGGCUGCCUCAUGUCAAAGGUGCCCAUCUGAACAGACCGAUUCAAGGCCAGCGACCUCCCCUGAUACUGUGCUCAUGGCUGCCUCAUGUCAAAGGUGCCCAUCUGAACAGACCGAUUCAAGGCCAGCGACCUCCCCUGAUACUGUGCUCAUGGCUGCCUCAUGUCAAAGGUGCCCAUCUGAACAGGUAAACUUCUUCGCUAUUUACUCUAGCAUCAGUUGUUUGGUUGCGGCAUAUACUGACUAGCUUAGUCCACACACUUCAGAUGGAUUCAAGCCAAGCAACCUCUCCUCCUGAUUCUGUGCUCAUGGCUCCCUCAAGUCAACGAUGCCCAUCUGAACAGAUGGAUUCAAGCCCAUCAACUUCUCCUUAUGAUUCUGUGCCCUUGGCUGCCUCAAAUCAAGAGUGUUCACUCCAUCAGCUCAUUUGAUGGUAACCACAUCUGCCACAACCAGUGACCCAAUAGGCGUUUGUUUUCGA